AUGCUUAGGGAGGCCGUUAGAGCCGCCAGGCCCAGUGCCGCCGCCGCCACCUAUCACGGCAGGGAAACGGGGAUCAGCCGGGGCGCCCCACGCCCCACCACGCCACCGGCCGCCGCCACCCCCGCCCAGACGUCGCCCCACGUCUCCCAGCUCCUGUCACCCGCCUCUUCACGCCAGGGCGCACCCCUCCACCCCCACCUCCUCACACACCCCCGGACGCGCCCAUCCGCCGCCGCCACCACCAACGGCCCGUCUACCCACCUGCCUCCCGCCGGCCGCGCCGCCGCCAGCGGCCACGCCCCUUCCGCGCUUUGCGGCCCUCGGCGGCCGCAGCGGGCUGCUGGGAGUUGUAGUCCCCCGUGGCGGGGAGCGUGCGGGCCGCUGCUGUUAAGUAUGGCCGCGGCGGCGGGGGGAGGGGCGUACGGCUGCCCCGCGUUACCGCUCGCCAACGGCCGGAGCAUCCCGGUGCUGGGGCUGGGUACUUCUCAUCAAGGCGGCUAUUCCCAUGAUGCUGUGGUCCAUGCAUUACAAAAAUGUGGCAUUCGUCACAUUGACACAGCAAAAAGAUAUGGCUGUGAAUCUCUCCUCCAAAAGGCCAUCAAAGAGAGUGAUGUGAAGCGAGAGGACCUCUGGAUAACUACCAAACUGUGGCAUAGUGAUUAUGGCUAUGAAAACACAAAAAAAGCCUGCUUGGAGUCAUGUGAAAGACUUGGUGUUGAAUAUCUUGAUCUUUAUUUAAUACACUGGCCUGAUGCACAUGUUCCAGGUAAAAGCAAUCGAGAAGUCCGAGCCGAAACCUGGAGAGCGAUGGAGGAGCUUUAUGAGAGAGGUUUGUGUAGAUCAAUUGGUGUAAGCAACUUUCUUAUCAGUCAUCUUGAGCAACUAAAGGAAGACUGUGUGAUUACUCCACAUGUUAAUCAGGUUGAAUACCACCCUUUCCAAAGACCUCAGGAGCUGGUCGAUUAUUGUAGAAGCAGAGAUAUUGUUUUUGAAGGCUACUGCCCUUUAGCCAAAGGUGAAGCACUCACUCAUCCUAGUAUCAUUCAGCUGGCAAAGAAAUACGGCAGAACUCCAGCACAGAUUUGCAUACGCUGGAGUAUACAGAAUGGGAUUGUCACUAUUCCAAAGUCCACAAAAGCAGAAAGGAUACAGGAAAACUGCAAGGUGUUUGAUUUUACAAUAGCAGAAGACGACGUUGAAAUUCUGAAUGGAAUGCAUGAUGGGAGACAUGUUUCUUGGGACCCAAGCCUUAUUGUGUGAAUGAAGGUUUUUGAUUUUAAUCUGAGGGAAGAAGAUAUGGAAUUUUUGAACACUAUGAAUAUCAACAGAA